AUGACUCUCUCAAGACUUACGAGAAAGACCCUAGCUGUCUCCCGGGGUUUCACCUACACUUAUUAUGUCUCCAACGCCAAGGCUGACAAGCCGACUAUUAUUCUCUUCCAUGGUUGGCCUGACUCAUCGAACCUUUGGGUCGGAUUGAUCAAUGAUUAUCUUGUCCCAAAUGGGUACGGUGUUGUUGCGCUGGAUUGUCUGGGAUAUGCUGGCACUUCUAAACCUACCGACCUGGAGGCGUAUGCAUGGCAGCACAUGGCAGCUGACGCCAUCGAAAUCCUCGAUGCCGAGAAGUUGGGAAAUGUUGUUUCUCUUGGUCACGACUGGGGUAGUGCUAUGUGUCAACGCCUCUAUAACUUUUAUCCUUAUCGUGUCGUUGGUCUUGUCAUGGUCAAUGUCGCGUACAUCCCACCAGGAGGUAAGUUCGAUCUCGAAGCAACAAACAAGGCGACAAAGGAGACAUUUGGCCAUGGCAUCUACGAAUACUGGCACUUUUUCACUGCCGAGGACUCAACAACUAUCAUGACCAGGAACGUCGAGUCGGUAUACAGCGUCGCAUUUGGCGAUCCUUACACGUGGCUCGACAACUGGGUCAGUCCGGGAGGCAUGCGCAAGUUCAUUAGCGAAGGUCGCACGCAACCAACACUGCCAUUUACUACUCCCAAGCAUAGGGCAGACUUUAUGGAGAGAUAUGCCAAGGAGGGUGGAUUCGAUGCACCAAGCUGCUGGUACAAGGCCUUUGUGGCCAAUGUUCAAAGUAUGUCGGACAGGAAUAUUUCUGAAGAUGCCAAGAUUGUCAAUGUUCCUGCGUUUUUCUGGGGAGGAGAACAGGACUUUGUGUGUCGUCCUGCCGCGCUUCAGGGCUCAAUUGAUGACGGGUUGCUGCCAGAUGUUAAGAGUGUUGUUAGACAAGGAGGGCACUGGGCACUGCUUGAGAAGCCGGAAGAGUUUGGUCAGGAUGUGCUUCAGUGGCUACAGUCAACUACAUUUGCUAAAAGUUAA